UCGAUCGACCGAAUCGUUGUUGCUUCCUUUCGUACAUCUUCAAGGACUCGCUGUAACAGCCAAUCCUUGUCCAUUGUAUUUAACAACACCCAGUCUUUCGGUUGUCACUCUCGAUUGUGUAACCAUUCAGACAAGGCAGGCACUCUACGGCCAACAUGGUAGAGCACGCAGCACCUUCCGCCUUGACCGACCAGAAAGUCGCCAUUGUCGGUGGCGGAGUAGCGGGAUUGUCCGCUGCUUGGCACUUGUCCGUCAACACCGGUGCACACGUCCAACUCUUCGAAGCGGAAUCCCGUCUCGGCGGGCACGCCUACACAACCAACGUGGACGGGGUCGACGUGGAUAUUGGCUUUAUGGUGUACAACGAAACCAAUUAUCCCAACAUGGUGGAGUGGUUCCGGACGUUGGGUGUGACACAGGAAGACUCGGAUAUGAGUCUUUCCGUCAGCCUCGACGGGGGUGACACGGUCGAAUGGAGUUCCGACGGACUCGACGGUCUCUUUGCGAAUCGCCGACAGCUCGUUAGCCCCCCGUUCUACCGUUUCCUCAAGGACAUGAUCCGUUUCAAUCAGCAAGCCGCCAAUAUUCUGCUCCUCACCGACGACGAUCCCCGCAAACACGUCACCACGGCACAGUAUCUCCGCGAACACGGAUAUUCAACAGAAUUUGCCAAAUUCUACGUAUUUCCCAUGAUGGCGGCGCUAUGGAGUGCCAGUAUGGAGGACGUCUUGCGAUUCCCCGCCGCCCAGCUCAUUGGAUUCUUGUGCAAUCACAAAAUGCUCCAACUGUUCGAUCGACCGCAGUGGAAGACGGUCGCCGGAAGGUCGCAGCAGUACACCAACCUGGUACAGAGUAUUCUCGGCUUCGAAGCGGUCCAUUUGGACACGCCCGUUCACAAGGUGGAAAAACUAGAGGACCAAACCUACCGUCUCGUUACUUUGCGGAAAGAGGACGGCGAGCACGGAUCAGCCACCGAAGUCUCCCUCGGCGUGUUUGAUCAAGUAGUCUUUGCCUGUCAUCCACCCACGGCCCACGACAUUCUGCAACGCAGCACUAGUGUGAGCAACAAUCCCACCAAUAAGGAGCACCAAGAUCACCAGCUUCUCCUCCAACUUUUGGCACAGAUUGAAUACGCCGACAACGUUGUGUACGUCCAUUCUGAUCCGUCACUCAUGCCGAAACGUCGUCACGCAUGGGCGUCCUGGAAUUGCAUCCACGGUCGCAUGAAGGCAGUCUUUGUGACCUACUGGUUGAAUCGGCUGCAAAAUCUUGAAACGGACCGCGACAUUUUCGUAUCACUCAAUCCCCACCACGCGCCGGAACCAGCCUUGACGCACCAGCGGGUCAUUCUCGCACACCCUCAGUUCAACAGUAAGACGCUCCAAGCCAGAGAAAAACUCGGCGCUCUCCAGGGAAAGGACGGUCUCUGGUUUUGUGGUGCCUGGUCCGGGUACGGGUUUCACGAAGACGGAUGUCGCGAUGGAUUUCGAGUCGCCACGGCCAUCAAUCACACCCGAAUGACCUUGUGGCAAGCCCUGUACCAACGUGUCACGUACGAUUUGCCCGUCGCAAUCUGCCGACAACUUUCCUUUUAUUUCAUGAAGCAGGCCGUCCAAAUGGGUCGCUUGCGUCUGAAGUUUAACGAUGGAUCCGUGGUUAGCUUUGGCGACGGCACACCGUGUGGCUGUGACACUAGUGACGUGACAAUUCGCGUAUUUGAUCCAUGGUUCUUUGUCAAACUGGCGACCGAAUACGACCUGGGUCUCGCACGAUCGUACAUGGCUGGGCAUUUCAUUGAAGCAACCAUCACUCUGGGUGAUCCGAUUGGCUUGACCCGUCUCUUUUUGCUGCUGAUCGGGAACCGUGAUGACAAUGCUGCAAAAGCACACAUACCUCGUCGAGCGGGUCGGGGGCACAAGUACGCCAACGCGUUGUCCAACGCAUCGGGAUUGGUAUUGGCUCAGAUGGGUUCCUUCGUCAAUUACCUUCGCUACAAAUUGACAAUGGACAAUUCCGAACGAGGGGGUAGCCUAAAAAACAUCCACGCGCACUACGAUCUUUCCAACGAUCUAUUCAAGACUUUCUUGGACAAGGAGACACUUAUGUAUUCGUCGGCGAUUUACGAUGCCGUGCCUGCUCCACGCCCGCACUCUGGACUCGUCUUUCGCGGGUCCCUCGAAGAAGCACAGUGGCGUAAGUUGGAUACACUGUUGGAUCGUGCCCAGAUUCAGCCCGGACAAACGGUCCUGGACAUUGGCUUUGGUUGGGGCGGAUUGUCUAUUCAUGCCGCCAAAAAGUACGGAUGCAAAGUGACUGGUAUAACGCUUUCAGUGGAGCAAAAAGCACUUGCCGAAAAGCGCGUCAAAGAAGAAGGUAUUGAGUCCCUCAUUACGUUCGAAGUCGUGGAUUAUCGGACCUUUUGCGCGCGCAAGAGCAACUGCGGUAUGUUUGACCGUGUGCUGAGCUGCGAAAUGAUUGAAGCUGUUGGACACGGUCAUUUGGUAGAAUUCUUCUGGGCCGUCGAACAGGUCCUGUGUCGUGACGGCGUCCUUGUUAUGGAGGCUAUUACGACACCAGAAGAACGAUAUGAGAACUAUUUACGUUCGACCGACUUUAUCAACACCAUAAUCUUUCCUGGCUCCUGCUGCCCUUCCUUACACGCGCUCGUAGACGCCGCCUACCGAGGAUCGACGUUGACGCUAGAGCACGUCGAUAACAUUGGACUGCACUACGCCCAAACUUUGGCUGAGUGGCGUCGUCGUUUCAACGCCGAAGAACCCUUUGUGCGCCAGCUUGGUUUUGACGAUGUCUUUUUACGGGCCUGGAACUAUUACCUGACAUACUGCGAAGCGGGUUUCUUUUCACAAACGGAGAAUUGCUUGAUUUUGGUCUUUGCCCGACCAGGAUGCAAGGCAUUGACGGCUUUGUGCGAGACGCGGUCAGUGGUGCAAGCAUCACCUUUUAGCGACAAGGAGAUCGAGACUUUUGUGGCCGAAUGCAAAUAGGCAAUUGGCAAGUAAAAUGAUCGAACAUAUAGCUUCGA